CCCCUCCCCCCCUCUUUCCUCGCCCUUCCCUUCCCUAUCGCGGCGCGCCACUCAGCUCAGGUCACUUUGACAAGCUCGCGCUCUCCUCUUCCUCCUCCUCCUCUUCCUUCGCCGCGCAAUUAGCAUAUUAAUCAGCCCAGCGAUCGGAUUCCGAGUCGGUGGGAGCGCAGGGUCGUCUCGCGCACAGCCAGGCCAACGCAGCCCAGCCCUGGACUCGCCGACGAGCGGAGGGAGAAGCAGCAUCGGGCUGCCCCACUUACUGCGGUUGCUGUGCUUCCCGGCGGGGAGGCCCCACAAUCGGGGGCGGCCUUGCCCAGCGAUUGGGGUCUCGCUCAGAGCGGCGGAUGCCAGGACCCGCCGAGCGGGCACGUCGCACCUUUGCUGCGCCAGGCCGGGCAUGUGAAGAUGUCAGUAGGCUGUGCAUGCCCAGGCUGUUCCUCUAAGUCAUUCAAGCUGUACUCUCCAAAGGAGCCCCCAAACGGCAACGCCUUCACCCCCUUUCACUCAGGCACUAUGCUGGAUCGAGAUGUGGGACCAACUCCUAUGUAUCCACCAACAUACCUGGAGCCAGGGAUUGGGAGACACACACCGUAUGGAAACCAGACUGACUACAGAAUAUUUGAACUCAAUAAGCGGCUGCAAAACUGGACAGAGGAAUGUGACAAUCUGUGGUGGGAUGCCUUCACCACUGAGUUUUUUGAGGAUGAUGCCAUGUUAACAAUCACCUUCUGUCUGGAAGAUGGACCAAAGAGAUACACAAUCGGCCGUACCCUAAUUCCUCGCUACUUCCGCAGUAUCUUUGAGGGGGGCGCUACUGAGCUGUAUUAUGUUCUGAAGCACCCAAAGGAAUCCUUCCAUAACAACUUUGUUUCACUUGAUUGUGAUCAAUGUACUAUGGUCACUCAGCAUGGCAAGCCCAUGUUCACCCAGGUAUCUGUGGAGGGCCGCCUCUACUUGGAAUUCAUGUUUGAUGACAUGAUGAGGAUAAAGACAUGGCACUUCAGUGUCCGGCAGCAUCGGGAACUUAUUCCCCGUAGCAUCCUUGCUAUGCAUGUAAGUUCAGAGGCGCAAGAUCCCCAGAUGUUGGACCAAUUGUCCAAAAAUAUUACUCGAUGUGGACUUUCAAACUCCACACUCAACUACCUCCGACUGUGCGUAAUCCUAGAACCAAUGCAGGAGUUGAUGUCUCGACACAAGACCUACAGUCUCAGUCCUCGGGAUUGCCUCAAGACGUGCUUAUUCCAGAAGUGGCAACGUAUGGUGGCGCCACCUGCUGAACCUGCACGUCAGCAGCCUAGUAAGCGCCGGAAAAGGAAGAUGUCUGGAGGUAGCACCAUGAGUUCCGGCGGAGGCAAUACCAACAAUAGCAACAGCAAAAAGAAGAGUCCAGCCAGCACCUUUGCCCUCUCCAGUCAGGUACCUGAUGUGAUGGUGGUGGGCGAGCCAACCCUGAUGGGUGGGGAGUUUGGUGACGAAGAUGAGCGCCUUAUCACUCGGCUGGAGAACACACAGUUUGACGCUGCCAAUGGCAUUGAUGAUGAGGACAGCUUCAACAACUCUCCUGCAUUGGGUGCCAACAGUCCCUGGAACAGCAAGCCCCCUUCCAGUCAGGAGAGCAAGUCUGAGAAUCCGACGUCGCAAGCAUCACAAUAAAGCCCCCAAAACAGUGCCCAGCCAGGCCUAUGCGUGACUUGGCUGGUGCUCCACGGACUGAGUCGAAACCAUUCUACCUGGACAAUUGUGAAGAAGAGUGGCUGGCCAACAAGGUAUCAAGGUCUAUGAGCACUGCAGCGCCUGCCUGUCUACAGUUAACCUGGCCACGAUUCCCUGCUGUCUGCACUCUUGGUUGUCUCCUUUAGGGCAGAAUUGGAACAGUGGGCUUUUAGUCCCAGCAGAAUUUUAAUUCCUUCUCCUUCCCCGUCCAUGCAUCCAGCGCCCUGGAUACCACAAGCAACACUGUUAGGGAGUGGUAUUCAUAGCAGACCCUUAGAGCCUCAAGUCCAUUUGGUGGAUCAGCAUGAAGUACCUUGGGAAGAGGCCACAGGACUGAUUACUUAAGAUGGGCAGGAAAAAUCUGGUCUAAGGCGCCUUUUAUCAUUCAGUUUCCUAUAAGGGGCAUCAAGAAGGCUCCAUUUUAGCAGGAGAGUCUCAGAGUUUUGUGGACAAUGUCAUGACUCAACGUUGGGGCAGCUAUGAUUUUUGUGGGUUGAAUUUUAAGCAGUUCAUCUUGACUGUCUUAGAGAUGGCAGAGCAGUAAUUCUGUUUUGCCUGAAGAUCCCAGAAAGCCAAUAUGGCAGGAGAUUAUGUAGGGUUUUAAAUUUUCUGGAAUACAUUAGAAAAAUAUUCUGCAGUUAUCUGGAAGGGAACUUGACCUUUUGGUCAAUCUUUAGGCGUGGGCUGUUUUGCCCCAACCUGCUCUUAAAGGAAAUUGCAGUCCUCAUACAUACCCUGCCCUCAGUAUUUUGGGCUUUUUUAAAGAAAUAAAAUAAAAUUGUAAGUUUUAAAAAAAAUAUGCCCUCCCUCCCUAUUUCCCCCAAUCCUGAUUUUUGUACAGGCUUGUCUACUAAUUGGGAGUCUUAGUUUUUGUAUACAGUUCUGAGAGCUUCAAACCAAGGAGAGACUUUGCAAACUUCCUUUAUACACUCCUUUGAGGACAGCAUGGCUGCCUCCACUCCCCCCACCCCCUGGUGUAAUUUGUGUGUGCUUCUGUUCCUGCUCCACCCUCCUCUACCAUAUCCCUCCCCUUUUCAAAUUUGUGUACCUUGUGCUUGUAUAUUUCUGCGCUGUAUGCUGUGUGUAUGAUGCUGUUCUUUCACUGUGUUCUCACUAAGGCUGCCACUCCCAUUACCAUUGGUAGUGGGGGAGGAGUUGAUUGUGAUGGGUGUCCUUCUUGGGAGGCAGUAGAGUUCAGAGGGUACUGUCACCAAUUUACAGCAGUGCAGAACCACAGGAAUGGGGCUGUGGCAUCUGGGGAAGCAAUAUAUCCAUGUUUUGCAAAGAGAAUAUAAUUAUUUCUUCUCUUUAUGGAACAGUCUCUAGGAAACCAUUGCCCAGCCAGACACAUUCAUUUUUAUUUGAAAUACUGGUACUAAAUCCCCAAGGAAACAAACCCAUCUACUUUCCUUUCUAACUUCCAAUGUUCUUCCUUAAAGCCUAGGUUUAUCCUGUACAUCUUGGGCAAAAAAAAAAUGCUUUAUUAGUCACAGAGGCCUCAAAAGUUGCCACAAGCGAGGCAUGGUUUUUCACUUUUGAGAAGAGUGCAAAAUACCUUGAAGAUAUUUUGGCCACCUGAUGACCUAGACCACGGGUGUCAAACUCCACCGCGUCAUGUGCUGUAGCACGAUGUUUUUGGCCUUUGUGAAGCCAGGGUGGGCGUGGCCUGCCCAUGAUGCAUCCGGCCCACAGGCUAGCACUUUGAUACCCCUGGCCUAGACCGAUUGUGAGGGUGAUUGCAAAGGCUGCACUGUCAUGGCACAAUACUCUUUUUACC